AUUGGUCGUACUGGUCGUGGAAAUCAGCAUGGUCUUGCUACCACUUUCAUCAACAAGUCAGUUGACGAAUCUACUCUUCUCGAUCUGAAGCAUUUAUUGAUGGAGGCCAAACAGCGCGUGCCGCCUAUCCUCGAGGAACUAUCAUCCACCCUGGAGCAUGAGUUGGUUAUCGGUGACGAGGUUGGUUGCGCGUACUGUGGUGGCCUUGGGCAUAGGAUUACUCACUGUCCAAAAUUAGAGGCGAUGCAGAAUAAAGCAGCUGGUAGUAUUGGUCGCAAGGACUUCCUUUCAUCGGCUGACUACUGA